AUGGGAGUCAAAUUGGAUGAGGAACUUGCUAAUAGUAAAGAUGGAAUAUAUACCUUCAGAAUUCACAGAGGAAUAUAUCACUCUAUUGGAUCCCUUUUCCCUAAUGUCAACAAAGCACCGAAAUUUAUGCAAUUAUAUAUUUAUGAUAUGGAAUAUGAAAUGGACAACAGGCUUAUCGUUAUGCCUGAACUCCGUGACCAUGGAUGGCAUCCCGGAAUAAAACAAAAUAUUACAGAAAAAAAAGUAACAACCAAACAAUACUAUGUAUACAAACUUCACAUUUGUCAAAAUUUUUCAUCAUUGCUUCAUUAUGGUGGUAAACUUUUUCAACAAUAUGUGGUUGACAAUUAUGUCAAAAUUGAAUGUGAACGGCUCAAUUACUUAAAAUUCAAUCAAGACAAACUUCGCAGAGAAUUAUACCAGGACUUACAUGACUCUUAUCAAUCCGGAGUAACAAAAGCAUCAGAAGUGUGA